AUGUCAGCAUUAGCAGGUCAACAGAUACAUAGAGAAGAUGAUUCAUUAGCGUUAACGGCUUGUGGGCUUGGUGGUGGUUCGCUAAUUAACGCUGGUGUAAUGCUACCAACGCCAGUUCGAGCAAGAAGGAACCCAAAAUGGCCCGAAGAAUGGGAGAGGGAUUGGAAGGCAUGCGAAGCCUCGGCGUCAUCCAUGCUCAACAUACAAAGUGUUCUGUUGAAAUUCCCGAAUACUAAAAUUAUGGAAAAAUUGGCUGGCGAUGACGAUGAAUUCAAACGAACGAGUUCGUUAAAGCUGAGUAUAAAUUUUGAUAUAGAAGAACAGGCAGCAACUCAUCACAAAAAACCCAAAGAACUUGGAAGCUGCAUGGCUUGUGGAAAUUGUCUUGCUGGUUGUCCUUACAAUGCCAAAAAUUCUACUGACAAGAAUUAUUUGUUCUCAGCAGUUGAGGCAGGAUGUAGUAUCAAAACAGGUUGUCAAGUUCGGUAUGUGGUGAAAAACACAAACAUCCACAGUAAAAGCGUACGUAGGUGGCGCGUAUUUCUCAACGAGACUGACUAUCUAACGUGUGAUUUUGUUAUACUAUCAGGUGGAGUGUUUGGUACUGCUGAAAUAUUAUUCAGGUCACAAACCAGAGGAUUGAAACUCUCAGGCAGGCUUGGUGAAGGAUUCAGCUGUAAUGGCAACAAUGCUGCUUAUCUUGCUGGAUGUACAAAGCCACUAGGUGCUUAUGGCUUGGCCAAAAACCAGUUCUCCAACAUACCCUUUCAACAACGGCCCGGACCCGCCAUUUCUUCGUCGUACACUUCUUCUUUCGGGUUCACGAUUCAGAGCGCAGUGUUACCAACAGCUUAUCCGUACUUGAUCUUUAAAGGGAUUUCAACUUACGGUUGGCCAACCGGCUUCUGGUUUUUGCACGGGCUUAUUGAUAAGCUGAAGCAUAGUUUCGGAGCUGAAAGCAGCCAGGCAAUGGUUUUAAACGUAAUGGGGUAUGAUGAAAGUGACGGGAAAAUCACAUUCGAUAAAAACACAGACAAAAUUAGCUUCUCCCCGCCACACGAUCCUUUGCUACCACGCAAAAUCAACGCGCUCCAAAAAUUAACCAAGAAAUUAGGAGGGAUAUUGUUCAUGUCGCGAUACAGAAGCACUUCUGUUCAUCUUCUAGGCGGCUGCAACGCCUCUUCUGAUCAUUUCCAUGGAGUUUGUAAUGCAAAUGGUCAGGUUUUCGACACCAAGUCUCCUUCUUCGGUUCACUCGGGCCUUUAUGUUUGUGAUGCCUCUUUAAUCCCUUGUUCUAUAGGAGUAAACCCUUGUCUCACUAUUGCCACUGCCUCUGAGCAUGUAAGUCGGGCACUAGUCGAAGAUGUCAUCAACGCUAGCGAAAAUGGAAAAAGUUUCUUUGAUGAAAAAGAUGAUAAAAAGAGUGCAGGUUCGAUACGGUCUUGGAAGGUAGAUGGGAGAUCAAGAUGUGACGUUGUUCGGUUUAAAGAAGUUAUGAGAGGGCAUAUUGGUGGUAUGCCUUGUGCUGCCCAUCUCGAUUUGAAAAUGAACACGAAAACAUCGAAGGAUUUUGACCAAAAGCAUUCGGUUUUUGACCCUUUGUUGAGAGGAAUAGUUGGUGGAUAUGUUGAGUUCAAUGCUGUAGAGAAGGAUAGAUUACAUAUAAUUGAAGGAGAAGUAGACUUAUGUGAAGUGGAUAUGAGAACUCCUUACGCACAGUUCAUGCAUUAUAGCCUCCUUCUUGCAGCUUCUUCUGGUUCAAGAUACAUUCUUGAAGGGAAGAAGGUAAUGAACCCUUUUCUCCUAGGACUGUAUGGAUGGAAAGAAUCAACAACACUGCAAGUGACAUUCAAGAAUGUAACGAAGAACGAUCCCAGUGAAGAAAUGGUGGACUUAAUGGGCGAGCUUCAUAUAUCUACGAUCGCGCUUAUGCGGAGCCUAAUUAGCAUGGAAGGAAACAAUAAAAUGACGUUUGUGUGGCAUUUACUGCAAUCUCUCUUUAGAACAUAUAUCGUGCAGAAACCAAGAGGGAAUUACAUGGGUUUCAGCCCGCAAGAACUCAUGGAUAGGUCUUAUCCUAGCAGUACGCUCCAUGAGAUAGAAACAGAGGAUGGGUUUGUUAUUGGUUGCAGACAAUGGAAGAUCAAAAAGGCUGAUUCUUGGAGGUUGGAAGGGGAGAAAAAUCCAUAUCCAGUACUACUGAUUAACGGGUAUGCCACCGAGAGCUAUUGUCUUCCUACCGAGCCAACUGAUUUGGUCAGAACUCUACUCGACAAAGGGCACGAAACAUGGCUUCUACAACCAAGGUUACACCCUCUUAAUUCUUCAAACAACUUCACUAUCGAAGACAUUGGCAAAUUCGAUGUUCCUGCAGCCAUUGAUAAAAUCUUGAAGUUGAAUGAAAACUCCAUAAAGAUUCAUGUGGUUGCACACUGUGUUGGAGGCCUAGCCAUUCACAUAGCCAUCUUGGGAGGUCAUGUUUCUGCGACCAGAAUCGCUUCGCUCUCGUGCACUAAUUCGUCCAUGUUCUUCAAACUCACACCUUCCUCAACGUUCAAGAUGUGGCUUCCUCUCAUCCCGAUAACAAUGAUGAUAUUAGGAAAAAACACCAUUCUUCCCAUGCUCAAAACAGCAAAAGCAAAUCUAAACCAACUACUGAUAAAAUCCAUAGCCCGUUUCAUCCCGCGCUACGAGAGAUGCACUUGCGACGAAUGUGAAGUCUUUUCUGGAAUAUUUGGCAACGCGUUUUGGCACGAUAACAUAACAUCAACUCUUCACAUCUGGAUGAACAAGAAAAAUCUCCCAAGACUCCCCAUGGCCGCUUUCCCGCAUCUCAGAAAGAUCUGCAAAGCAGGGUUUAUUGUCGACAGCAAUGGAAACAACUCCUAUCUGAUUCAUCCUGAGAGAAUGGCGCUUCCAACGCUUUAUAUAUCGGGUGGAAGGACUCUUCUUGUGACUCGUAAAACUUCUUUUCUUGGUAACAAAUACAUGAAGCUGCACCAUCCUAGUUUUCGACACGAGAGGGUGGUUGUGGAGGGAUUCGGGCACUCGGAUUUGAUGAUCGGAGAGGAAUCUUGUAAGAAGGUUUUUCCUCAUAUACUUUCUCAUAUGGGGUUAGCUGAAAAGGAGGAAGAUGUUGAAGAAAAUGGCAAGGAAAAGAAGGGUUUUAGCGGAGGUGAUGGAUUUGAGGAUGGAAAAUGGGUUCUUGGGGGUUGGGUGUCUCCUUCUUUCACUGUUUGGUUCAUCUUGGUUUUGUUGGCUAUGUUUGUUUAUUCAACAUCCUCGUAA